UUCGUAAAGAAGAAAGUAGGUGAAGAAACGUUGUUGGUUAGCAUGGUCCGUUACUGCUACAGCUAAUUUACACUUUUUAUAUAUUAUUGAGGCGGGUGAUUAAAAAAACUACUAUUAGAGAAAUAGACAUUCAGGGUUAUUGCUCUUCGGUAUCUUGUGAGUCAAAGGUAAAGCUCUGUGGACGCUGCCGUAAACGGAAGAGAAGAAGAAGAAACACGAAAAAAGACAGCAUGGCUGUGGACAUGAGAUUACCGACUGUCAAGAAAACAAUCACGUCUCUGUCUGUUUCUGCUUUAGACAGAAAAGAUCUGGUCGUGCCUGGUGAUGUUAUUACCUCAGACACUGGUUUCAUGAGGGGUCAUGGGACAUAUGUUGACGAGGACAAGCUGACAGCUUCAGUCGCUGGAAAAGUCCAGAGAGUGGACAAACUAAUAUGUGUCAGACCGCUAAAGACAAGAUUUAAUGGUGAAGUGGGAGAUGUUGUAGUUGGCAGAAUCACAGAGGUGCAACAGAAACGGUGGAAGGUUGAGACCAACUCCAGACUUGACUCUGUACUCCUGUUGUCUUCGGUCAAUCUGCCUGGAGGAGAGCUGAGAAGAAGGUCAGCUGAAGAUGAACUCACCAUGAGAGAGUACCUCCAGGAAGGUGAUCUCAUCAGUGCAGAGGUGCAGUCGGUUUUCUCAGAUGGAGCUCUUUCUCUUCACACCCGUAGUUUAAAGUAUGGAAAAUUGGGUCAAGGAGUGCUGGUCCAGCUUUCACCUUCUUUGAUCAAGAGGCAGAAAACACAUUUCCACAACCUACCGUGUGGUGCCUCCAUCAUCCUGGGCAAUAACGGCUUUGUGUGGUUGUAUCCGACUCCGGGACAACAGGAGGAAGAAGCUGGAGGCUUCUACACCAGUCUGGAGCCUGUUAGUCUGUCAGAUCGAGAGGUGAUUUCACGGUUGAGAAACUGCCUGCUGGCUUUGGCUGCUCACAAAGUGCUUCUGUUCGACACGAGUGUUCUGUAUUGCUACGAAUCAUCACUCCAGCACCAGGUCAAGGACAUCUUGAAACCAGAAGUGAUGGAGGAGAUUGUGAUGUUGACACAGCAGAAGCUGUUAGAACAUGAAAGUUAAAAAGCUCAAAAUCUCAUUAUCAAAAAACAAAAUGAUCAAAAGACAAGCAUUUUUUUAAUAACUAGACCAUAGACCCAAAGAUGUAACAGGAUUCCCAUUAUUUCCUAUUUUUCAAGUUGUGACAGUGAAGUUGUUUUGUAUCAGAUAGAACAGAUGAUGAUGUUGAUGUACUGAUGGAAACAUUGAUAUUCUUCAUCUUUUCAGCUUUUAUAAAUAUCUGAGCAAUUAUUGUAACACAUUUUCCAAUAUUUUAUUUACAAAACCUUUAUAAUGUCUGAAAUAAAUUUUCUAAGAUUUCUGUAUUUCCUUUUA